AUGCAUUCGGGCAGCCAGGCCGAUUUGAAAAGCAUCCAUGGUCGCGCAUAUGACUUUAUCAUCUGUGGGGGUGGUACGUCGGGCUGUGUCAUUGCAUCUCGUCUUGCCCGCAUACCCAAUAUCUCCGUACUCCUAGUCGAGUCCGGACGGGACGCCGGUCUAAGUCCAGAUGUUCUCAUUCCAGGGAACUAUGUCAAGCAGCUUCAGGAGGACAAAGCCGGGCUUUGGGAGUUGGAGACCGUUCCCCAACGGCACUUGAAUAAUCGAAAAUUGGUUUUCCUGCGUGGUAAACAACUAGGGGGCAGCUCGUAUGGGAUUUCUUGCAUUCCCUCCAUAAUAUCAGUACUCAUCAUCUGGCACAGUGCGGUCAAUUAUAUGGCUCUUGCCCGAGGUCCGGCUGCAGACUACGACGAAUGGGCAAUGUUGACUGGAGAUGACGGGUGGAAAUGGGAAAAUGUUCUCCCCUUGAUGAAAGAGGUACGACCCCUGAAUGGAAUGUGGCUGGAGUACUCGAGGACUUUGACCCCCGAUUACCACCGGGGAUGGAAGACUUUGCGCGCCCGAAGCCUUUUGACCAUGGAAGAUCAGGGCAAGCCCCUCAAAGUUGGCUUCGGCGAGGAAAUGGUACCCGGUGUGGAGACAUUUUUCAAAGCUUGUGUAGAGACCGGGAUGCCGGUGUGCCUGGACAAUAAUUCCGGGAACCCCGUGGGAGUUGGACUGGCACAGUUCAAUGUCCGCCGGGGGGAGAGGAGUUACGCAGCCAAUGCAUUUCUGGAUCACUCUUCACGCACUCGGCUCCCGAAUCUGACAAUUAUGACAGACACUGAAUGUGACAAAGUUGACUGUGCAGACGGGACCGCCACUGGGGUUGAGUUAUAUCACAAGCCUACUCAAGAAACGGGAUGCGGUCGAAAUAUGCUCGACCACUCGAUCAUCACUUGUGAAUACAAGGUGGACGAUAAAAUCCCUGCGCAUAAUCAAAUCUUUCUUGACCCGGACCUCCAUAAGAAGGCGAAAGCCCAGUAUGCAGACAGCCGUACUGGGCCGUUGGCCAUGUACGGAUCCAGUGGAACCGUGGCAUUCCCAAGGAUUCAGAGACUGUUUGACUCCAAGGAGUUUGCUGAUCUGGACGGCCAAACUCAAAAGUUUUUACUGGACUCCACCAGGCCUUCUGCAGAAAUCUGGCUGGGGUCGGGCCCGAGCUUUUAUCCCGCGGAUGAUCCAACAAAGAGUUACAUUACCCAUGAGAUGCUCAUACAGAACAAUCUCUCCAAGGGCACCGUGACACUUCGAUCACGCGAUCCACGCGAUCCACCUCUCGUGGAUCCAAAUUUCCUCUCUCACCCCUUUGACAAGCGUAUUGCAAUCGAAACGGUCCGUACUGCUUUAAAGGUGGCGAGCACGGCGGCAUAUCGAGGGACAAUUGAGAGGAUCGUGCAUGGUCCGCGCAUCGACAUCUAUUCGACGAAACCGGACAGCAUAAGGGACGAAGAGCUGCUGGAUUUCAUUCAAGAUCAUCUUGACCAGGGCUACCACAGUAUGGGUACCUGCAAGAUGGGAAAACGUGAGGAUCCGACUGCCGUUGUUGAUGAUCGGUUUCGCGUGUUUGGCAUGCGGAACUUGCGUGUGGCGGAUCUUAGUGUGUGUCCCAUCCUUACCUGCAAUCACACACAGAUCAACGCCUAUUUGAUAGGGGGACCACAGAGCGGGCGGGAAGAUUAUGAAGGCGGAUAUCCCUAA